UGCCUGCGCCCGCGCGAGCCGAGCACAUCUCCACGCACCGAACAUCCAGAGAGUCGCGCCGCGCACCGACGGAGCGGACAUGGGCAGAGCGAUGGUGGCCAGGCUAGGGCUGGGGUUGCUGCUUCUGGCACUGCUCCUACCCACGCAGAUUUAUUGCAACCAAACAUCUGUUGCACCGUUUUCCAGCAACCAGAGUAUCUCUGCUGCCCCAAAUCCAACUAAUGCUACCACCAGAGCAGGUGGCAACUCCCUGCAGUCCACAGCUGGUCUCCUGGCCCUCUCGCUCUCUCUUCUACAUCUCUACUGUUAGAGACUCAGGCCAAGAAACGUCUCUACUUCCCCACCUUCUAGACCCACCCCAAAUGGCAACCACAAGUCCAGUGUGACCAGGAAGAAACAGGUCCACAUCAAAUUGGCUGUUACCAUACCUCAACAGAAAACACUGAGAAUUCGAAAUUUGACCGGUUUAAAGGACUCGUGAAGGGUUUGAGAAUGGAGAGAUGCUAACAUUGAAUCUGCUGGAGUUUUACGUUCCAAGAUGAAGACAGCAUCCAAAAUCGAUGUGAUUUCCUUGAAUGUGGCUUAGGAAAUGUGGACACUUAAAGCUCUCCCUGGAAGUCGGGCAUAGGUGUGAUGUAGAGAGGAGGGUCGGGUAUGGAAUGGAGAUCCAUUGUUUUCAUUGGUUCAUUUGACCUAUAAGGCCAUAAUUCAGUUAGGUGAUAUUCAAAAGUUUCUCUGAUGCUAUUUAUGUAUAUGUUGGAAGGAACUACCAGGCGUUACUUUAAAUUCCCAAUGUGUUGUUUCGUUACUACUAAUUUAAUAUGCUAAGCUCUAGGUAGAGUUCCAUGUUGCUGAACUAUGACUGUUCUCUUCAGAAUUGAACGUUUUGCACCCUCCUUUUGUGGCUUUAGGUCUGACAUUAUAUUUGACCUUUAUUAGUAAUUGACAUGUGCCAGGCAAUGAUGGAUUGGAAUCCACCCCAAAAUGUAGCCACCACUGAAUAAAUCUGAUUUCAAAAGUCAAACGGUAGACAUUUCCCGUUGCCUUUUCUCACUCACCACGAGUACCAAAUUCACUUAAGUAAACUGGUUCCAGAGAGCAGAAUCAUGUUGACCUCAGCUGAUUUCAAAACGCUGCUUUUUAUUUUGGCGUAUGUGGAGGGCUUUUUAUAAUUGAAAGUAUGGUCUGUUAGCAAGGCAAAACUAUGAGUCUUCAGGUUCUACAGGCAAACAUGCAGAGGAGCCAAAACUGUAAACCCAGCGUUUGGGAUGUGAGGACUGGAAGCCAACUCAUUGAAUCCACAAAGUCUUUUAUACAAUUUCUGUAAAUACUUUUUUUUUUUUUUAAAGAGAAAAACAAAACCACGGAUCAGAAUAGUCACGUUUGGAAUACUUUGGUUAUCAGUUCAUAUUUUUAGAUAGUUUGACAUUGGUCCUGUGCCUGAAAGGGGGCUUGGUUCUACCGUAAGUUUUUCCAAUUUCCUUGAUACACACAUACCUUCUAAAACAUAGACAUAUCCUGAAAAACAUCUUUUGUUCGCAUGGUCACACACUGAUGCUUACCCAUUCUGGGACCUAAUAUGGCCACAGUAGUCUUGAUAACCAGAGUCAUUUUCUCCAUCUUUAGAAACCUACCUGGGAAGAAGGAGACCUCACAGACCCGAAGCUACUGUGUGUGUGAAUGAACACUCCCCUUGCCUCAUAUCUGAAUGCUGUACAACUGAUUGUAUAUUGUGUUUGUGUAUUUAUGCUUUGAUUCAUAGUAACUUCUCAUGUUAUGGAAUUGAUUUGCAUUGAACACAAACUGUAAAUAAAAGAAAGAAAUGGCUCAAA